CGCUCAUACUGCUAUUGCUCACUGGUAGUCAACCCCGCUCGCACUGCCAGAUUAUUGUCACGGGGGUUCGGAUUAGGCUGGCAGUCCAAUGGCAUCUACAACGGUCAAUGUUGUCCGGUACUCCGCACUUGUGGCGGGCGUGUUGUAUGGGAUUGUACACCGCCGAACACUUCAAAAGGCACACGAUGAGGAAAAACUGCAUCACGCUAUCCAUGAGCGCGAACAGCUAAUAGCGCAAGCGAGAGAGGCGUGGAAGAAGAAGCAGGAGGGCCCAAAGGGUAGUGUUGUCACGGAUCCAGAGGACCCUAGAUUUGACCUCGAGAAGUUGUUUGCUAAGUGGGAAACCGAGUUAUCAUAACGUUCGAGGCAUACCCCAUUCCCUAUUGAAUCCUGUCGCAUUAGAACGCGUUGCCUUGUGCAUGUACAGGCGUGGGUAGUGCAGCAUUGUACGCUGGUCCAACCUCCUCAUGUCGUCCGCGCUUCUCCAUUGUGCUAGGUAGUGGAACAAUAGCUGCAGCGGUGGCCUUGAUCUCAUUGGACUACAUACUGCCACCUGAAUGCGUGA